AGGCCAUGCACAACGCUGCCGAUCCUGGGGAAUACGUUGGACUUCGUCAAGAACAACGACAAAUCGACUCGGUGCUUACUGUUCCACGACUGGGUGUCGAGUCUGGUGCAGGAGUUCAACGGGGAGGCAUUCCUGCUGAGCGCCCCCGGACGUCCCGAUAUCCUCGUGGUCUCGACACCCGAGGCGUUCGAGGAUGUGACCAAGCGGCAGUUUGACACGUUCGUCAAGGGUGACUACCUCCACGAAAUGUUCUACGAUCUCUUGGGCAACGCUCUCACCAACAGUGACGGCGACGUGUGGCAGUUCCAGCGCAAGAUCUUCGCGAAGCUGUUCAGUGCACGGGCGUUGCGUGAGUCUAUGACCUCGACGAUCCAGAAGCACGGCCGCACCAUGCACACGCUGUUUGAGAACGGUGCUGCAUCUGGCGCGAGCUUCGACCUCUUUCGCCUUCUCAGCCGAUUCGCGAUGGAAUCGUUUGCCGAGAUCGGGUUUGGCAUCCAGAUGGGCUCCCUUGCCAUCGGUGAAGACCAUCCCUUUGAAAAAGCAUUUGAUAUCGCUGAGGAAGCGACUGCGAAGCGGUUCUCGGUGCCUGCGUGGUUCUGGAAGCUGCAGCGGCUUCUGAGCGUGGGCAGUGAAGGUCAGCUCCAGCGAGCGAUCCAGGUGAUUGACUCUACCGUUUUAAAGUUCAUCUACGAGUCCAUCGCUGGUCGUGCUCGAGACGAGAAGCGCACAGGAGGUGCUCAGAAUAUCGUUUCGCUGGCGUUGGAUUCCUGCGACUUGGAAGGCGAAGCGGAUCCACAACUACUCCGAUCCAUUGCCAUCGCGGCGAUCAUUGCAGGCCGCGACACAACCUCGGAGACUCUCAGUUGGUUCUUCUACACGCUCAGCCAGCACCCUGAAGUUGAACGCAACAUCCGGACCGAAAUGCUCGAGAGAAUCCCGCGGCUGGUACUUGAGACGGGAUACUUUCCGGCCAUGGACGAAGUGCAAUCGCUCACGUACCUCGAGGCCGCGAUCAAGGAAACGCUACGGCUGUAUCCUCCUGCAUCGUUCAACAUCAAGCACUGCAGCGCGGAUAUCUUCCUCUCCGAUGGUACAUUCAUCCCGGAGGGCACCACGAUCGGUCUGCCUUCGUACGCUAUGGGCCGCAUGACUAGCACUUGGGGCCCCGACUGCAACGAGUACAAGCCCGAGCGCUUCCUGGACCCGGACACCGGCAAAUUGCUGUCUGUUUCCCCGUUCCAGUUCCCCGCAUUUUUCGCUGGUCUGCGCAUUUGUGUCGGCAUGAAUCUGGCCAUGCUCGAGAUGAAGAUCGUGCUG